UAAUGUGGUGAAAAUUGGGGUUGUGAGGGGGGGUGGAGAUAUUUUCUGUCUGAGUCACAGUGAAUUGGAGAUUUGAGUAGACCAAAACGGAUCCAUAAAACUGUCCCAACUUCACUUCUUUGUGUCGCCACUAAAACUUCUACAGUUCUUUAUUUUAUUCGUCUGAAAUCUUACAAAUUCAGUAGAUUUGAUCAUUUUUAUGAGAUGCCUGACGUUUCCUCGCCCUUACUGUAUUGCUGACCUUCGACCAACAGCUUGAAGCUGUGAAUAAUUAGCAGAAAGAGCCGCAGAAUUGUGAUGAUCAAAGGUCACUGUACUGUAGAUCCUCCACCAGUCAGACGCAUCACAGCGUGACCGUUGCCGAUUCAGAAGAACUAGAGGUCCUUUCUGCUUCGGAACGCACCGUGACCCUGACCUUAGGCGGUCCUCGGAUCUCCUGUGAGGAGGAGUUGGAGGAGGAGGAGCCAGUCCAGACACCAGGAGGACUGCUUUUUCCUCAAGAAGAAGAAGAAGAAGAAGUUCUGCAGCUGAACGAUCCAACGCCAACAUGAAGGGCGAGAACGAGGAUGAGACCGGACCGACCUGGUCCAACAAACUGGUCUUAUUUGUCAAUGGCAAGAAGGUUGUGGAGGAAAACCCCGACCCAGAGAUGACACUUCUGACUUUUCUAAGAAGAAAACUGGGUUUGACAGGAACAAAGCUGGGCUGUGCUGAAGGUGGUUGUGGUGCCUGCACCGUCCUGCUGUCCCGAUACCAGCCGCACUCCGGAGAGCUGCUUCACAUCGCCAUCAACGCCUGUCUCGCUCCGCUCUGCUCUCUGCACAUGCAAGCGGUGACCACGAUUGAAGGAAUUGGAAGCAUGGCCACAAAACUACACCCUGUUCAGGAGCGGAUCGCAAAGUCCCACGGUUCCCAGUGUGGGUUCUGCACGCCGGGAAUAGUCAUGUCCAUGUACGCUCUGUUAAGAAACAAGCCCACCCCCACCAUGGCUGAUGUGGAGGAGGCCUUCCAUGGAAACCUGUGCCGCUGUACCGGGUACAGACCUAUUUUGGAGGGCUACAAGACCUUCACUAAGGAGGGGGGUUGCUGUGGAGGCAGAGGGGUGAAUGGAGGCUGCUGUAAGACCAAUGGUAGCACGGGUUUAGGAAGCUCUGAGGAGGAUGAAGGCACAUCGCUGUUUAACACGGCAGACUUCACCCCUUACGACCCCACCCAGGAAGUAAUCUUCCCUCCUGAACUCAUGAUCCUGUGUAAGAACGAGGGGUCACUCCCUCUAUGUUUCCGUGGCGAACGCACAACGUGGUUGCAGCCCACUACCCUGGACCAGUUCUUGCGCCGGAAGUGGGAGCACCCGGAGGCCCGGGUGGUGGUGGGAAACACCGAAGUAGGGAUCGAGGUGAAGUUCAAGAACAUGGUCUACCCGGUCAUCCUGGCUCCAGCCUUCAUCCAAGAGCUGAAUGCGGUGACUCACAAAGAGGACGGUAUCAUGUUUGGUGCAGCCUGCACCCUAAGCCACAUGGGAGAAGUGCUGAGGCAAGCGGUGGAGACUUUACCUCCACACCAGACGGAAGUUUUCCUUUCUAUUCUGGAGCAGCUGCGAUGGUUUGCUGGACAGCAGAUACGAAACGUAGCAGCGGUGGGAGGAAACAUCAUGACAGCCAGCCCCAUAUCAGACCUGAACCCCGUCCUAAUGGCUGCCGGCUGUAAACUCACUCUGAUGGACAAGGAUGGCAGUCGUGUGGUUCAGAUGGACGAUGGGUUCUUCACAGGUUACAGGAAGACAGUCGUACGACCGCAGGAGAUCCUGCUCUCCAUACACAUCCCUUACAGCAAAAAAACUCAGUUCGUCUGCGCCUUCAAACAAUCCCCUCGCCGCGAGGACGAUAUUAGCAUCGUCACCGCCGGCAUGAGCGUCACCUUCACCCCUGGCACUGACGUGGUGGACGAUCUAAAGCUGAGCUUUGGAGGUAUGGCGCCGACCACCGUGCUGGCCAAGAAGACAGCAAGCCGUCUGCAGGGACGGAAAUGGGGGGAGGAACUUCUGCAAGAAGCCUGUUCCUCAUUGGCUGAAGAGAUGAACCUUGACCCCUCUGCACCGGGCGGCAUGGUGACCUACCGGCGAACACUGACCCUGAGUCUUUUCUACAAAUUCUACUUGAGAGUGCUGCAGAAGCUCCACCUCCAGGGUGUUUUGACGCAUGAGGUUGACUCAAAGUAUUUGAGCGCUACAGAGAUUUAUAAUCCCACCACGCCAUCCAGUGUUCAAGUCUACCAGGCAGUCCCAAAGGGGCAGAAGCAAGACGAUGUGUUGGGACGUCCCAUGAUGCAUCUGUCGGCCAUCAAACAGGCCACGGGCGAAGCGGUUUACUGUGACGAUGUGCCUCUGUAUGAGAACGAGCUUUACCUGGCCCUUAUCACCAGCACCAAGGCUCAUGCUCGGAUAGUUUCUAUAGAUGCAUCUGCAGCUGAGUGUUUGCCGGGCAUUGUUUGCUGCCUGUUUGCCGACUCUGUCCCUGGAAGCAACGUCACAGGAAUCAAACAGGAUGAAACCGUAUUUGCUGACAGACAGGUAACGUGCGUGGGUCACAUCAUCGGGGCGGUGGUGGCCAACAGUCAGCCUCAUGCGCAAAGAGCUGCCAAGGCGGUGAAAAUUGAAUACGAAGAGCUGCAGCCAGUCAUAACCAUCCAGGAAGCCAUCGCCGCUCAGUCCUUCUAUGAGCCGAUCCGAACCCUGCAGAGUGGAGACCUUGAGAUGGGGUUUAAACAGGCUGACCGCGUCGUUGAGGGUGAGAUGCACAUUGGAGGUCAAGAGCAUUUUUACCUGGAGACUCACGUUACUCUGGCCGUACCCAAAGAAGAUGGAGAGAUGGAGCUUUUUGUUUCCUCGCAGUCCCCCAAUGACUCACAAUCUCAUGUGGCUAAGGUCCUCGGUGUCCCAGCUAACAGGGUCUUGGUCCGGGUGAAGCGGUUGGGUGGUGGUUUUGGGGGAAAAGAAAGUCGUUCCACAGUGUUGUCAACUGUUGUUGCAGUGGCAGCGAACAAGCUGAAGAGGCCUGUCAGGUGUAUGCUGGACAGAGAUGAGGACAUGCUCAUCACUGGUGGACGACACCCUUUCUUUGGGAAAUAUAAAGUUGGUUUUUUAAACAGUGGGAAAGUCGUAGCCUUGGAUGUGUCCUAUUACAGCAAUGCUGGAAACUCACAGGAUCUUUCUCUAUCAAUUAUGGAGCGCGCUCUGUUUCACAUGGAGAACUCCUACAGGAUACCAAAUGUGCGUGGCCGUGGCUUCCUGUGCCGCACCAAUCUGCCAUCCAACACCGCUUUCAGAGGGUUCGGAGGACCACAAGGCAUGAUGAUUGCUGAAAGCUGGAUAACCGAUGUGGCUCAGAGCCUGGGCCGUCCAGCUGAGGAGGUGCGAAGGAUUAACCUGUACAUGGAGGGGGAGAAAACGCCAUACAACCAGAUCCUGCAUGGACUUACCUUGGAUCGAUGCUGGAACGAGUGUCUGUCACAGUCCAGAUAUGAAGAAAAACGAGCUGCGGCUGACUUCUUCAACAAACAGAACCGAUGGACCAAACGGGGCAUUGCUGUUGUUCCCACCAAAUUCGGUAUCAGCUUCACAGCUGCUUUCCUGAACCAGGCUGGGGCUCUGGCUCAUAUCUACACUGAUGGUUCUGUACUGCUGACUCAUGGAGGAACUGAAAUGGGUCAGGGCCUUCACACCAAGAUGGUCCAGGUCGCCAGCAGAGUUCUAGGUAUCAACUCGUCGAAGAUCUACAUCUCAGAGACCAGCACCAACACAGUUCCCAACACCAGUCCCACUGCUGCCUCCGCGUCCUCCGACCUCAACGGCGCUGCCGUUCAGGUGGCCUGCGAGACGCUGCUGAAGCGCCUGGAACCCUACAAGAACUUGAGCACCACAAUAGUGAUGGAUGUUGGUAGCAGUCUGAAUCCAGCGAUUGACAUUGGACAGGUCGAGGGGGGAUUCAUUCAGGGGUUGGGUCUCUUCACCCUAGAGGAGCUUCACUACUCACCUGCAGGUGUCCUCCUCACUCGCGGUCCUGGUUCCUACAAGAUUCCAGCCUUCGGUGAUAUUCCUGCGCAGCUGACUGUGUCCCUCCUUCGUGAUGCCCCCAAUGAUAAAGCCAUCUUUGCCUCCAAGGCUGUGGGUGAGCCUCCGCUCUUCCUGGCCUCAUCUGUUUUUUACGCCAUCAAAGAUGCCAUCAGCGCCGCCCGGGCAGAAUCAGGCAUCAAAGGACCAUUCAAGCUGGACAGUCCUGCAUCUGCCGAGAGGAUCCGCAACGCAUGCGUUGACCACUUCACAAAACUGUGUCCUCCUGCAGAGCCAGGAACCUAUAACCCCUGGUCCGUUCAGGUGUAAAAGGAGAAUCCAAUUAUGGACCUGUGAAACGCAACAUCUGCCUCACAAGAGUUCAGCUAAAAAAAAACACUUGAAGAACCAGGGUGGUCAAAGGCAACCCAAAGAUAUCUACAUUCAUGAACUUUAAAGGGUAACCAAACAGUGAAGUUGGAGGUUGACUCCACCCACAGCCGAAAUGUGAGAAUCCAGUCAUAGGGGUGGGGCUUGGGGGCAGGACUUUUAUCAAAUCAUGAUGUCAGACUUCU